GGCCCUUUCCUUCUGCCCUUCUUCCUUCCGUGUUUCCUCUCUCAUUUCCUCCCCUUUUCUUUCUCUUUGGGGGCUUAAUCAUUUAAUUUUUUGCUAUUUAUUUCGUUACUCCUUUUCUUUUCUUAUGGAAUUCUGUCUCUAAAACUCAUUCCUUUAGUAUCCUCUUCUUCUAAUCAUGGGAAUCUGUCUCUCCACCACCAAAGUCAGUGGCUCAAGCAGCAACGCCAACGCCAACGCCAACGCCAACCAUCGCAAAGAACAACAAUCCUCCGCCACCACAACAACAACCAAUGAGAAGAAGGCGUCUCGAAAGCCAAAUGAUCGACAGGUUCAGCAGCAGCAGCAACAACAACAGGGGAAGAGUUCUCAGCCUUUAAAGGUCAAAGGGAAACAAAGUACGAGGAGACAAAGUGGGAUCAUCCCAUAUGGCAAACGUACGGAUUUUGGGUACCAUAAGGAUUUUGAUCAGCGUUACACAAUUGGGAAAUUGUUGGGACAUGGGCAAUUUGGUUACACCUAUGUUGCCACAGACAAGGCAAAUGGGGAUCGUGUUGCAGUUAAGAAAAUUGAGAAAAAUAAGAUGGUUCUUCCUAUUGCUGUUGAGGAUGUCAAGCGAGAGGUCAAGAUAUUGGAAGCCCUGAAAGGCCAUGAGAAUGUGGUUCAGUUUUAUAAUGCAUUUGAGGAUGAUUCCUAUGUAUACAUUGUUAUGGAGUUAUGUGAGGGUGGAGAACUGCUGGACCGGCUUUUGGCCAAAAAGGGCAGCCGCUAUAGUGAAAAAGAUGCAGCAGUAGUUGUACGGCAGAUGCUCAAAGUUGCUGCUGAGUGUCAUUUGCGUGGCUUGGUGCACCGUGACAUGAAACCUGAGAAUUUCCUAUUUAAGUCAACCAGAGAGAACUCACCUCUGAAGGCUACAGAUUUUGGUUUGUCAGACUUUAUCAUACCUGGGAAGAGGUUUCGAGAUAUUGUUGGAAGUGCCUACUAUGUUGCUCCUGAAGUAUUAAAAAGAAGGUCAGGGCCUGAAUCAGAUGUAUGGAGUAUUGGUGUAAUUACCUACAUUUUGCUCUGUGGGAAGCGGCCUUUUUGGGAUAAGACUGAGGAUGGUAUAUUUAAGGAGGUUUUGAAGAACAAGCCUGAUUUUCGUCGUAAACCAUGGCCAACAAUUAGCAAUAGUGCUAAAGACUUUGUGAAGAAGUUAUUGGUGAAGGAUCCUCGGGCUAGAUUGACAGCUGCUCAGGCGCUAUCACACCCAUGGGUUAGAGAAGGAGGAAGUGCAUCUGAGAUUCCUGUUGAUAUAUCUGUUCUCAAAAACCUGCGGAAAUUUGUUAAGUAUAGUCGAUUGAAGCAGUUUGCUCUGAGGGCGUUGGCUAGCACACUUAAUGAAGAGGAGAUAGCUGAUCUCCGGGAUCAGUUUGAUGCAAUUGAUGUGGAUAGGAAUGGUUCUAUUAGUCUUGAAGAGAUGAGACAGGCCCUUGCUAAAGAUCUUCCUUGGAAGCUGAAGGAAUCACGUGUCCUUGAAAUUCUUCAAGCAAUUGAUAGCAACACAGAUGGGCUAGUUGAUUUCACCGAGUUUGUUGCGGCAGCUCUACAUGUGAAUCAAAUGGAAGAACAUGAUUCUGAUAAAUGGCAGCUGCGGUCACAGGCUGCUUUUGAGAAAUUUGAUGUAGAUAGAGAUGGGUUUAUAACUCCAGAGGAACUUAGAAUGCACACGGGCUUAAGAGGUUCCAUUGACCCUUUGCUUGAGGAGGCCGACAUCGAUAAAGAUGGAAAAAUAAGCCUUUCAGAAUUUCGCAGACUUUUACGAACUGCAAGCAUGGGAUCACGGAAAGUACCAAGUCCAUCUGGUCAGGGGAAUACUCGGAAGUUAUAGUUUAGAAUUGAAUUUUUGAGGUUUGACAACUGGAGAGACAAAAAAGAAAGCAAGAACAACGGAGCAUUUUUCCAGAUUUUGCUGGCUUGGUAUUUGUAAUGGAUCCCAACCAUGCAUCCAUCCACAUGUCUCCAUCAGCAUUCUAGGGACCCUUUUUGCCUUUAGUAUUUCUUGAUGCCAUCUGCUUUUGUGAAUUCACUGCAGUGAGAGGUCCAUAGGAGUUGAUGUUGGCUCUCUUGGAUUGAAUAUGGUAUCAUUCUUUGGUUGGGUAUUUCUUGUUUGUACCCUUCAAAUUUGUAAUAUGUGACUAUAAAAUAAUUUUAUCAAUGAAAAUAUGGUGCAUCCGAAUUUAUUCA